UCGGCUGCCUUGGCUCUGGAGGAGGGGUAGGAGUGGCGGCGUUCUUCUCUCCUCGCCACAGCCCGGGCUGUGCUUGAGUCGCAGAGACCUUUGCCCCCGGCGGGCGCCACCGAUAAAUGGGUUUUUCUUCUCUGGGCAUAAAGCCAUGGCUGAAAUGAGCGAUAUCAAUGUACAAAAACUAACCAUUGUUCAACAAGCAAUAGCCUCUUGUUGUGGAGCUAUACUUACAUCAUUAUUUGUAACUCCUCUUGAUGUUAUCAAAACUCGACUGCAAGCCCAAGGGAAUCCAUUCCAUGACGGAAAGUGUUUCGUAUACUCCAGUGGCCAUAUGGAUCAUGUAUAUGUUUGCGAAAAUGGGGACAGCAAAGCCUGGUAUAAAAAACCUGGGCAUUUCAAAGGGACAUUGGAUGCAUUUGUGAAAAUUAUUCGAAUAGAGGGAAUUAAGUCGCUGUGGAGUGGGCUUCCCCCAACACUAAUAAUGGCUGUUCCUACUACAGCAAUCUAUUAUACCUGCUAUGAUCAGCUGUGUGAAGCUUUGAAAAAUAGACCAGGAAAGCAUGAUGAGCACAUUCCAGUUAUUGCAGGUUCCUUAAGCAGAUUUGGUUCUGCCACUGUGGUGAGUCCCCUGGAGCUGAUCAGAACUCAAAUGCAGUAUCGCAGGUCAUCCUACAAGCAGCUGUACCUGCGUGUCAGCACCAAAGUGGCUGUAGAUGGGUGGCUCUCCCUGUGGCAGGGCUGGACUUCUACUAUUCUGAGAGAUGUACCUUUCUCAGGAGCAGCAUCUGGCUCUAUUGCAGCUGUUGUAACUCAGCCAUUUGAUGUAGUGAAAACACACAGGCAGACUCAACUUUGGGAGAAUGAGACCUUAAAAAUUCCACAGAGGGACAGUAAAUCAACCUGGGCAGUUAUGAGGAAAAUUGCUGCUAGAAAUGGGAUUGCUGGAUUAUUUGCAGGUAUUACUCCACGGCUGUUUAAAGUUGCUCCUGCUUGUGCCAUAAUGAUCAGCACUUAUGAAUAUGGAAAGUCUUUCUUUUCUCAUUUAAAUGAAAAAAAGAAUCAACAUCCAUAAUUGUUCUGCAUCCAGUUGUAUGAAGGCAAAGUAUAUGAUGGAAGUUGUGCCAAAUUUAAAUCUGUGAAGAUGUUUUUUUAGAAUUCCCAGUGAAUUUCUACCGUCACAUUUGCUGGAGAGAAAAAAGAAAGGAAGGAAGAACAAAAGAAAAAAGAAAGGAGGAAGAGAAGAAAAGUUGAGGCUGGACAUAGCAAUGAAGAAUAAUGACUUCCACUGUGUUAAAUUUUCAGUCAUGAUUAAACAUUUUAGUUGGGUUUUAAAAUUAU